CUUCUAAUCAACUCAUGGCUCGCCCAAUAAAGAAUAAAGCCAAUACUCACCAUAAAAAGCCUAUAAACAAGGCAAAAAAGUCAAAAUCUGACGGACUUGUAGCGUCUGAUGUUUAUGAGGCUGUAGAGCUGUCAGAUCGCCGAAAAGGACAUGAUCUUGAUGAAGUUGACAAUCUGGAAUAUGAUGCAGGCGAAAUAGAUGAAAAAGACGAUGAAGAAAUUGAUUCUGACGAGGCCUUUGAUGAGUCGGAUGAAGAGCGUUUCGAAGGCUACAAGUUUCGGGGAUCUACAAAGGUAAAUAUAAUGAUACAGUUAUUAUCAAACAAGCCAUGAAUAAUAACCCUUUUAUGUGUAGGCAUCCGAGAAAAAACACUUGAAGAAAGCAAACAAGGACAAUAAUGAGAUUAACAUGGACGAAGAUGAAUCCGACCCGGAAGAUGAAAGUGAUAUUGAAGAUGAAGGUGACUUUGUGGAUCUUUCUCAAAUGCUUGACGGUAAUCACGAAGACGAGGAUGAUAUGGAUAAUGGAGCCAAGGAUGAUGAUUACGAAGAUGAAGACGAAGAAGAAUUUAAAGGAUUUGAUGACAUUAUAGACGGUGACGACGAAGAAGAUGACGAUGCUAGUGACAGUGAUGGACUCGCUAACUUUGUUGAGGGACUUGAGACUAAAAAGCGUAGACGUAAUGAUUCUGAUAUGCCCGACUCUAAAACUAAAAGACGUCAGUUGAAGGAAAGAAAUGAAGCAUACCAAGAGAAUGAGUUUAAUUUAAACACCCGUGGACAUGAUGGAUCAAAUAAGAAAAUCAGCCUAAAUGAUCUUAUGAGCACUGUCAAUGAUGAGUCGACAUUUGGUUCAUUGAAAGAAGGUAUUGAAACACUCGUUGGAAAAGGAAAACACUUGACUCGCCGAGCUUUGGAUGCACCAUUACCCAAACGUAUACAAGACCGUAUGGAACGUCAAGCCGCUCUAGCUAACACAACUGAAGAGAUUUCUAAAUGGCAACCUACGGUUCAAAUGACUCGUGCUGCAGAACAUCUUUCGUUCCCACUUCAGGACAGCUCUUCUUCACCAAAGGAUGGUCGUACAAGUGCUGCACUAGCAAGUAAAUUCAAGGCAGAAACAACUUUGGAACAACAAGUGCAACAAGCUCUUGCUGAUGCUGGCAUGAAAGAUGAAGAACUCGAAGCAUUUGAGGCUUUAAAGUUAAAUAAGCUAACUGUUGCUGAAGUGGAAGCAAGACGUAGAGAACUUCGUAUGAUGCGUGAAUUGAUGUUUCGUAGUGAAAUCAAGAACAAACGUUUGAAGAAAAUUAAGAGCAAGAGCUAUAGAAAAUUAAAGCGUAAGGAAAAGGAAAAGAUCACCUCUCAAGUACAGGAAACUUCAGAAGUUGAUUUUGAAGAAGAAAAUGAAGACAAGAUGAAGGCUGCAUUAAGCAGAGCCGAAGAAAGAAUGACACUGAAACAUAAGAAUACUAGUAAAUGGGCCAAGCGUGCAUUGGCUCGUGGUGUUCAAGACGAAGGCACUCGCGAAGCUAUUAUGGAGCAAUUACGUCGUGGAGAAGAACUUCGACGUAAAAUUGAAGGGUCAGAGUCUGAAGAUGAUAGUGAUGACCAUGAUGAUGCAGCUAUUUUAGAAGAGAUUAACAGCUUAAAACAAGAUAUUGAACAAGAUACCCAACCACAAAAAGGCAUACUUUCAAUGAAAUUUAUGCAGGAUGCCGCUAAACGUCAAUCAGAUAAUCUUAAAAAUGAAAUUGAUGAGUUCGAAAAGGAAUGGCUUGCUCCAGAUAGUGACAAUGAAGAUAAAGAAAAAGAAGAGGAUAACUUUGUAAUGAUAUCAAAUAAUCCUGGCCGUAUGGCAUUUGGUGCCAAAGCCAAACAAGUGCAAUCUAAUGAUGAACCAGAACAAGAAGUAAGAGAGGAAGAUCAAUUUGAUACUGAGGACGUUACACCUCCUGUCACUGAUUUCCCAAUUACAGAAAUAAAGAUUGUUGAAACAGCAACUGAGAAGCAACAGAAUAAUAAAACAAACAAGAUAGAAAACAAGAAAAAGGAAAAGAAAACCAAAGUGAAGAUUGCAGCAAGCAGUACUGUGAAAGAAGCACCAGUACAGAAAGCACAACCCAAGAGUCAUAAGAAUAAUGAUGAUGUAUCCUUAAAAGCUCCUAAGAAGAGUGUUACUUUUGAACAACGCGAGCUUGUAGCAAGAGCAUUUGCAGAUGAUGAUGUUGUUGCGGAGUUUGAAGAAGAAAAGCUGGCUGAAAUUGCUGAAGAUGGCGAUAAGGUCGAAGAUCUGACUCUUCCAGGUUGGGGUGCUUGGGCUGGAGCAGGUGUGAAACCUAAAAAGAAUAAAAAGAAGAUUAUCAAGAUUACAAAGGGUAUUGCAGCAGAUAAGCGAAGAGAUGCCAAAUUGGCACAUGUAAUUAUUAAUGAAAAGGCCAACAAAAAGGUAACGUGUAUAUAUUUCGUUUUUAUCAGGCUGUUACUUAUAUUAUACUCUUAGGCCGAAAAAUACCAAGCUGUU